CAACAGGGCGAACAGUUGUUGCCGGUACGUGGGACUUGCCAGGCACUGGGUGUAGUUCGCGUCUUUCAUCUGGAAUAGGGCAACGGAGUCAGGUGUUUGUCCGGAGUGCAUUCGGGCUUAGCGUCACUUUUUAAACGACAAAAGACCCAGUUUUGUUGAGCUGUUGUUGAGUUUUGUAAAGCUGUCUAAAAUGUUUGAGACUAGUCAAGAUGACCUGUUUCUGUUCCCCACUGAAGGCCAGAAUGAGGCUUUCUUCCCCGAGGAGGGUUUAGGCAGUGGGUACUUGUCUCUUGCUGAGGCCUUGCUUCCCCUGGUUGAGUCCCCAUCGCCCCCGAUGACGCCCUGGCUCUGCUCCACCCGCUACAAGACGGAACUGUGCAGCCGCUAUGCUGAGACGGGUACCUGCAAGUAUGCCGAACGCUGCCAGUUCGCCCACGGCCUCCACGAUCUCCACGUACCCUCCCGUCAUCCCAAGUACAAAACCGAGCUGUGCCGUACCUACCACACUGCUGGCUACUGUGUCUAUGGCACACGGUGUCUCUUCGUGCACAGCCUUAAAGAGAAGAGGCCUGUCCGUCAACGGCGCAGGAACAUGCCUUGCCGUACCUUUCGUGCGUUUGGGGUUUGCCCCUUCGGUACCAGAUGCCACUUCUUGCAUGUUGAGGGUGGUUCAGAAUCGGAUGGUAGAGAGGAAGAGCGAACCUGCCAACCUUCGUUACCUUCCCAAGAGCGGAAGCCUCUUGGUGCCCUCUGUCGCACCUUCAGCGCUUUUGGUUUCUGUCUCUAUGGCACCCGUUGUCGAUUCCAACAUGGGCUUCCCAACUCAAUCAAAAGUGUCAACUCAACCCACACAUCCUGGCCUCAUCAGAUGACCAAUGGGGGAUCUCUUUCACCUGCCUCAGGCACGUGCUCUUCACCAUCUCCACCGUCCUUGUCCCCUCCGUCUGCAUUUGCUUCGCCGGUGUACCCUGACGGUUCUGGUCCAGUCACACCACCAUCGGUAGAAGCAGUAGCCAACAAUGCUUUCACCUUCAGCAGCCAACAUCUGAAUGAUCUUCUGCUCCCCCUGGCCCUUCGGCUCCAGCAGCUGGAGAACACUGCCAAUGCUGGUCCUUAAGAUGCUCUGGAUAAGCCGCUGUCGUGAAGUCUGUGGCAAGAUGAUCCCAGAAGCUAACUGCUGUAAGCUUUAACUGUGACUGUACUGUGCCGAAUUUAUUUUUAACGUUGUUUUUUAGUAGUUGUGUACAGUGUCUCUUUGCAACUUAUUUUAACUGCCUUUUGAGACUGAUUCUCAAAUGUUUGCUUUAUUUUCUUAAUUCAAGUCUGUCUUGUACUUCUGAGGCCACUUAUUUUUGACUGACUGAAUGAAGCCCCUUGAGUGUAAAUUAAGACCAUUUUACGUGUGUCUAUACGAAGGAUUUGACUAUGUAUGUUUCUAACUUAUGGACUUUUAAACUGACUUUAAAUUAUUUGAGAAACAUCAGCAUCCUUUGCUCUCAAUAAAACCUCCUAAAAGGA